CAUCAUCAUUUUGACAUAAACCUGUAAAAAAACACACACAAAAAAAAUACAAAUGUUAACUUAGACUACAGUCCAAUCCAAAAUCACUUCACCGGCGAACAAUGUCAUCAUCAUCACUCCAAUCACCACCGCCACAAACCACCACAACCACCACCACAACAAUCUCCAACAACAACUUCAUGCUCCCGGGCCCACCUUCUCGCAACAACUUCGGUUCCGCCGACCUUCUAUCCACCACUAAUCUCCUCGCUUACGCCGCCGGCAGUUCCGUCGCCAUCGUUGACUCACGGUCAAUGCAACUGAUUUCCGUACAUCCUAUUCCUUCUCCUCCUUCAUCAUCUCUUUCUCCUUACAUUACAUCCGUACGAUGGUGCCCUACUUCUCUUCGUAUGGACCUUCUCUCACAUGAUCCAACUUCUUCUCACUCUCAUUUGCUUUUAGCUGCUGGCGAUCGUCAAGGCCGGAUUUGUAUAAUUGAUCCACGUGUCAUCGCUACAAAAUCGGUUUUAAUUUCACCUGUUAUUUUCCUUCAUACGGAUCCGGUUUCUAAAUUAGGUGUUCAGGAUUUGAGCUGGAUCCGAACCGGAUCUGGAUCCGGAUCCGAUUCGUGGAUCAUUGCCGCGAUUACCGGAUCCUCUUUGCUUUCGCUUUUUCAAACUUCUGUUACUGGCCGUUGUUUCUUCAAAUACGACGUCGCUCCGGAGGUUUUCUCGUCCGUACAACGUGAUCCGUUUGAUUCGCGUCAUUUUGUUGUUGUAGGUUUGAAAGGAUUUUUGUUAUCGGUUAAAGUACACGGCGAUAGUUCCGAAUCCGACGUCGUUUUGCGCGAGCUUCAGAUUCCGACGGAUUCGUCGGAAUUGAGUAAGCUUGAACGAGACGGUGCUGUGAGUUCUGGCGAUACGCCUGCGGCUGCGUUGUAUCCGAAUUACGUGGCGAAAGUAGCGUUCUCGCCGCAUUGGAAAAAUAUAUUGUAUGUGACAUUUCCUAGGGAAUUGGUUGUGUUUGACUUGCAAUAUGGGAAGGUGCUGUGGCGAGGAGGUUUGCCGAGAGGUUGUGGAAAGUUUAUGGAUGUGUUGCCGGAUCCGAGCUUGGAGGCUGUUUAUUGUGCUCAUUUUGAUGGACGGCUUAGCGCUUGGCGGCGAAAGGAAGGAGAGCAGGUCCACGUAAUGUGCAUGAUGGAAGAAUUGAUGCCUUCACUUGGUACGCCUGUCCCUUCUCCCUCAGUUCUUGCAGUUGUCAUCUCUCGAUCAGAUUCCACCCUUCAAAAUGUUCGUAAGCUUCUUUCUGAUGGACAUCAUUCUUCAACGCCUGACACGGAAGUUGAUAUGGACUUUGACAAUCCUUUUGACUUUUGUGAUGAAUUUCAAGUAAUUUCUAAAACACAUGUGUUAUCCAUUACUGAUGAUGGAAAAAUAUGGAAUUGGCUUCUGACUGCUGAGGGCCCAACAGAGAAUCAAAAAGAUGCAGCAGAUGUUGGCGUUGUUGCAGAUAGCAGUAAUGUUCCAGCUCUAGAUACAACUGCUGAUGGAGUGGAUUCUUCCCUUGAUCCUGUGAAGGAUGUGGUUAAACAAACCGAUAAGGAGAAUAUAAAAAAGGGUCGUUCAUCAGCCUCCAAAUGGAACCAGGAUGAUCUUGUACUUAAGUUCAGUCUAGUUGGCCAGCUGCAUCUUCUUUCCUCAGCGGUGACUAUGUUAGCUGUACCAUCCCCUUCUUUAACUGCUACUUUGGCACGUAUUACAUGUGAAGGAGGAGGAAACCAUCCUGCUGCAGCUGUUCCACUAGUUGCUCUGGGAACUCAGAGUGGGUCAGUUGAAAUUGUUGAUGUUUCUGCAAAUGCUGUUGCUGCAAGUUUUUCUAUCCAUGAUAGUGUUGUAAGAGGAUUAAGGUGGCUAGGAAAUUCAAGACUGGUCUCAUUCUCAUACAAUCAGGGAAAUGAGAAGACUGGUGGAUAUACUAAUAGGCUUGUCGUGACUAAUCUCCGGACUGGCCUUAAUCGAACAUUUAGGGUCUUACAGAAACCAGAGCGAACACCCAUAAGAGCUCUGCGGGCUUCGUCUUCCGGAAGGUAUCUAUUGAUAUUGUUUCGUGAUGCACCUGUUGAGGUUUGGGCGAUGACAAAGACUCCAAUCAUGCUUAGGUCUUUAGCUCUUCCGUUUACAGUACUGGAAUGGACUCUUCCUACUGUUCCACGCCCAUCACAGACAGGAACAUCCAAGCAAACUGAUGCUUCUGUGCCACCAGAUGGGAUGGUAUCCCAGGCAGACUCUAAGACAGUGAGUCCAGAUGGAUCGCAAGAAGAAUUUUCUGAGAGUUUUGCAUUUGCCUUGGUAAAUGGUGCUCUAGGGGUGUUUGAAGUUCACGGGCGAAGGAUUCGAGACUUCAAACCAAAGUGGCCUACUUCUUCACUUGUUUCUUCUGAUGGACCAGUCAGAGCUAUGGCUUAUCGUUUGCCUCAUGUGGUCAUGGGGGACAGGUCAGGGAAUAUACGGUGGUGGGAUGUUACAACUGGACAAUCCUCCUCUUUCAACACUCACCGGGAAGGCAUUCGCAGAAUUAAGUUUUCACCUGUUGUUCCUGGAGAUCGUAGCCGUGGACGUAUUGCUGUAUUGUUUAAUGACAAUACAUUUUCGGUAUUUGAUCUUGAUUCACCAGAUCCAUUAGCCAACUCCCUACUACAGCCUCAGUUUCCCGGAACCCUUGUUCUUGAACUCGAUUGGUUGCCUGUGCGAACUGAUAAAAGUGAUCCAUUAGUAUUGUGUAUUACUGGAGCCGAUAGUAGCUUUCGACUUAUUGAGGUUAACAUUGACAAAAGAAUUGGUUACGAAGCCCAGUCUGGACCUAUGAAAGAACGAUUUCGGCCAAUGCCUUUGUGCUCUCCUAUAUUACUUCCUACAGCACAUGCCUUGGCACUGCGGCUGAUCUUGCAAUGUGGUGUUAAGUCUUCAUGGUUUAACACAUACAGUAUGAUUACCAAUAAAGAUAAUUCUCAGCUAUCAAAAAGUGCAUCAUCUGUAGGAGAUCUUCGUAGUUAUUUAAUCGAUAUACCAACUAUUGGUGACUCCGUUGUGCCAGAGUUGCUUCUUAAGGUAUUAGAGCCUUACCAGAGAGAAGGUUGCAUACUUGAUGAUGAGAGGGUGCGACAGUAUGCCGCUAUACUUGAUAAAGGUUCAUUUGCAAGAUUCUCUUUCGCUGCUGCAAUAUUUGGUGAAACGUCAGAGGCUUACUUUUGGCUGCAAUUGCCUCGCGCACUUAAGCAUUUAAUGAACAAUCUGGCUAACAAGUCUCAGCAAAAACCCACAAUAAAAUCAUCUUCUUCAGAAACUGAUGACGUGUCAUUGCUUAGUAGGAUAUCCUCUAAAGGAAAAUCAGGGACUGGCUCAAGUAAAAAGAACACGGUGAGUGAUGGUGAACUAAAGUUGAUGGCUUUUGAACAAGAAGAGUUGUGGGAGGGUGCUAGUGAACGUAUAACCUGGCAUGAAAAGUUGGAGGAUGAAGAGGCUAUUCAGAACCGUGUGCAUGAGCUUGUGUCAAUUGGUAACCUGGAAGCUGCUGUCAGUUUAAUGCUUUCUACUCCUCCAGAGAGCCCGUACUUCUAUCCAAAUGCUUUGCGUGCCGUUGCUCUUUCAUCUGCAGUGUCAAAAUCCCUUAAUGAACUAGCAGUAAAGGUGGUUGCAGCAAAUAUGGUAGAGACCGAUAGGUCAUUGUCUGGUACCCAUCUCCUAUGCGCUGUUGGGAGGUAUCAAGAAGCUUGUUCGCAGCUACAAGAUGCAGGAUACUGGACAGAUGCUGCAACGUUGGCAGCAACUCAUUUAAAAGGAACUGAUUAUGCAAGGGUAUUACAUAGAUGGGCUGAACAUGUCCUUCGUGCUGAACAUAACAUCUGGAGAGCCCUGGUUUUGUACAUAGCAGCCGGUUCAUUACAAGAUGCACUGGCAGCACUCCGAGAGGCUCAGCAACCUGAUACAGCUGCAAUGUUCAUUAUUGCCUGUCGGGAAAUCCAUGCUGAAUUUCUUGAAAACCUAGAUGCCGACAAAGAUUCUGAUCUUUCAAUCAAAGAAAAGUUGCUUAUUUUACCUGGAUUGAACCCAGAAAACGAAGACGUAAUAGCCGUUGGUGAAUUAUACGGACAGUUCCAACAAAAACUUGUCCACUUGUGCAUGGAUUCUCAACCAUUUUCAGACUAGAAGACAUAUAUUCAAAUUAGUUGACUCAAAAUCUGAACUUACUGUAAUUAAGGCUAGGUACAAGUUGAUAUUGAAGUGGGAAAAAGGCGUAGUUGAACUUGUUAUAUGUAUAUCUGGGAUUACUUUAUAAUUGACCAUUGUUGUGGUCUGUAUAAGGGUUAGAGGAACCAAUUUUGGUCAUAUUGGAUAAUGUAAGUUAAAGAUUUUGGGAACUUGUAUCGUACAAAUGCUUAGACUCGUUUUUGUCUAGGUUAAAUACUGUGGCAGUUUGAGCUUGUGAUAUCUUAAUAUUAUAUUUUAUUCUAA